CGAACCGCCCGCACACUUCUGCGCUCCUAGUACCAUCCCGCAAUAACACGCGAAUUAAACACAAAAAAACAUGUUUUGAACCAAAAUGGUAGCUAUCCUAGCCAACCCGAAAUGGAGCGAGGACCUCACCAUCCAAAUGAUCAUUGAAUACGAAAAACGAGAGUAUCUAUGGAAUCCCGUUUCGGAGAAUUACAAAAAUAAGAAAAUCCGAGAACAAGGAUACGUGGAAAUCAUAAACGCGCUGAACCUAAUCGACGUAACUGUUAAGGAGUUGAAAAAUAAGAUAAAGAAUAUACGUUCGUCGUACAGUGUGGAGCUGAAGAAGAUACGUGCGGCUCGGAAGGCCGGCGCGCAUGCGUACCGGCCGAGCGUCACGUGGUUCGAGCAUGCAGACAGGUUUCUGCGGGCGAUCGUCACUCCGAGCUCCGUGGACACGAGUUUGCUGGAGAUCCCGGCAAGCGACGACAGCGAUGCGGUGCAAGACUUGAGCGAGCGCAAAUCCCCAGAGAAGAAAAGCCCUCGAAAGCGCAGGAGUUCCACGCGUUCUUCCACUCCCUACGUUUUAAACACGCCAUCCCCUCGUCCCAGCACGCCCUUCGGAUUGAGCCAGUCAUCCAGUCCCUUUGGGAUGCUACCCACGUCAACCGCAGCGCCUUUCCUGAAUCCCCCCGUGGGGAUUGCAACUCCUCUAACGACCUCACUCGCGACGAUCUACCCUAUUCCAGCCAAACAAAAGAAGAGCUAUGACGACCGUAACGGAGAUCACGACGUGCCGCAAGAUCUGAGUCAGCACUCAGAGAAUGGUAACGAAAAUGAGUUUGAGAUGUUCGGGAAGCUGAUAGCAAGUCAGUUGAGGAAGCUGCCUCUUAGUUUGGCAUUGGAUACGCAGCUGAAGAUCCAGACGCUAGUAAACGCUGCAAGGAUACAAGCUGUGUAUCAACAGUACAGCUAUGCGGGACCGUCGCAGGAGGCUCUAUCGGUCCAGGCCUUGUCGAACGGGAUCCUUGCCAGCAUGGCGUCGCAAAGCAACUUCGUGUCCCGCGGGAUAGGCCUCAGAAACGAUUCUCCCGAAGACCUGAACAGGGACAUGAAAACUGAGUACAUGUGCUCAGAGGGAGAAGAUUAGGUGCCAAGGUAGGACCUGAAUUACCUCAUACUCACCUGGUGAGAUUUUAAGAAUUUAUGUUUGCUCAUAAAGUAUACAAUUUAGAUACGUGUCAUUAUAUUCGUGAUUUAGAUAUUGUGAUAGAUGUCUAGAUGAUCUGAUGUUAUUGAAUGACUUAUGCCGUGUUCCCCAAAUAUGUGGUUCACCUUGAGUGGAUUACUAGUUACGAGUACAGUAAGCAUUUUAAGACUCAGCUGGUCUGGUCUAUAGUCAGCAAAAAAUGUAGGAAUUUAGCAUAAAUGACCCAGUACAAAAAAGAAGUAACUUUUGACUUCUCCGAUUACAAAAGAGUAUAAAUACAAGUAAAAACAAGGAAAACAAACAGAAUUUGUAGAGAAAUCUUAAAUUUGGAACUAGUCAAGUAUUAUUGAUGUGUAGAUCUCGGUGUUUCGGCUGUGUUAGUGUUAUUUUUUUAAAUUUUCGUACAUAUCUUAUUAAUUUUGCUCAAGGCGUCAAAAUGUAUAGGAAACUCAAGAAGAUUUUAUGCAAUCAAAAAUUGAUAAAAAGGUUUAAAAUCAGCAUAAAACUAAACUGACCUGGUAGAUAUUGAGAAAAGCGGUCUGUUGAGCAUUUAAGAAACCUUUAGCCUAAGCGCAGACCACCGACUUUUAGUUGGCCGAUAGGCCCGAUUCUAAUUUGUAUGAAGAAUCGGCCGAUACCAAAUCGGUGUAAUGUGCGCAUUUUCAUACAUCUCCAUACUGAUCAACAGCCCAACUAUCGGCCAACUAAAAAUCGGAGGUCUG